AUGACUGGUCGCGGUAAGGGUGGUAAAGGCCUGGGAAAGGGAGGAGCCAAGCGCCAUCGUAAGGUUCUUCGUGACAACAUCCAGGGUAUUACCAAACCCGCCAUUCGCCGUCUUGCCCGUCGUGGUGGUGUCAAGCGCAUUUCAGGCCUCAUCUACGAGGAGACUCGUGGUGAAAUCUGGAAUACUUUUAUAAAAGACUUUUACAUGGCUGAAGUCUAUUUAUUAAUUCAUUUAUUGCAUAAUUGGUUAAGACUAGUCACCUAG